AUGAGAUCGCAUCGCGGGCCACUCUGCGUUUCUAUCGGGAAGCACGCGGUCGACCAAAUUUGUGUUUGUGGCGUCGAUUCUGCACAAAGUACUACAGUCCACGGCGAACAAUCCAACUCUGCCACGGUCGAGAGAACGAGUAGCCGCGGUGAUGCUCUUCGCAGAUACACACGUCAACAAUGUCACGACGGACGAACGUUUCUGGUUUUAUAUAAGUUUUAUUCCUUCAGUCUUAUCAACGUCCUCUUAGAGAGAGGCGUUGGAUCAACUCAGAAUGUUAGUAGGCUGCGUCGACAUCCGACUGCGUCCGUCAACUGCAGCUUGAGAUUGCAUCUUGCGCGUCACACGCUUCCAGCUGGCGCCACAUGGUCCACGUCCCUUCCUGAAACCACCUAUUCCUCGGUCGCCCUUCCGCGGUCACUGGACCCAUUCGCGGCUCUAUUGCCCCGUCACACAGAACGACGACGGGAUACCCCGGGGCACGCCUCCAUUUGGCGUUCGCGGUACGCAGAGCCGCACGAGAUGGACAGCUGCAACGGCCUCGUCACCCAGCCAGCCAUCCACGCCUUUCGGUCUCGUGUCGCAGUCGAUCAGGACGCUGCUACUGGCGAGGGAGCUACGCCAGUCUGCUGGCUCUGGUACACCGCCUGA